AUGUCACAAGUUAAUCAGACGGGUAAACUAACUGCCGAUGAAAUUGCAUUAUAUGAUAGACAAAUUAGACUGUGGGGGUUGGCUGCACAAGCUAAUAUGCGUUCUGCUAAAGUACUAUUGAUCAACAUUGGUUCCAUAGGUACUGAAAUUUCUAAAAAUAUUGUUCUUAGUGGGAUUGGUAACUUAUGUGUUCUUGACAAUCAUAUUGUUCGUGAAGAAGAUUUAGGUUGUCAAUUUUUCUUAGAAAAAAAAGAUGUUGGGAAAUUGAAAGUGGAUGUAUGUUCUCCAAAGAUUAAAGAUUUGAAUCCUCGUGUAAAUCUAACUGUUGAUAGUGAUUCCUUAGCUAAUAAAGAUGAGUUAUUUUUCAAACAGUUUGACUUAAUUGUAGCAACUGAACUACGUAAAGACCAAAUUACUGAACUUAAUAGAAUCUCAAGAAAAUUGAAUAUUUCGUUGUAUGUUACUGGAUCAAAUGGUUUAUUUUCUUAUAUAUUUGUGGAUUUGAUAGAGUUUGUAUCAGAAGAAGAAAAAUUGAAAACAGGUAGAACUACCUUAACAGGUGAGAUUUCUUCAAAUAGAACGAUUAUUGAAGUAGAUACUCGAGUAGAUGACGAUGAUCCUAAGAAAAUAUUUGAGACCAUAAAGACAAGAAAUAGUUAUAAACCCUUCGAUGACAUGUUACAGACGGCCACUCUGGAAGGAAAACUAACUAAGAGGCAAGUAAAAAGAGUUAAUAGUAUUGUACCCUUAACGAUAUCAUAUUUAACAAAGAUUCCAUCUUCAGUGGAAGAAUUGCACAAGAAUACACUCUCAACGUGUGAUAAAUUAGGUAUUCAAUCCUCAACUUUGAAGGAUGAAUAUAUUCAACAAUUUUAUAAACAAGCUAAUGUUGAGUUUGCUCCAGUGGCAGCUAUCAUUGGUGGCGCUGUGGCUCAAGAUGUCAUUAAUAUUCUUGGGAAAAGACAAUCUCCAUUAAAUAAUUUCAUUGUGUUCGAUGGAAUAACAUUAGAAAUGCCUAUAUAUGAAUUAUAA